AUGGAGUUCGAGCACUACGGGCAGGCCUCUCAGCAGCCCAAGCAGCGCCGGAAGAGAGUCGCAAAGCGAAGGCAACGUAAUAAGCCCCCAGUUGCUGCGCGCCUGGCGCUGGAUUCUCAGCUACGCGGCAAUGUCGGCGUCUUGUCCGAGGAUCUCGCGACCGACCUCUUCCCCAACAAGCUAUUCAGGGUGAGUGAUUCCGACCUCGGUGCCGCGACCAAUGAUGGAAUCUUGUAUGUCGCCGUUUCCCCGCAUUCCGCAACCUCGUCAGCGGUAGAGGAUCAGACAUGGACGAUUCUCCCAGUGCGUAUCCAGUCGAUUGAGAGGACACACGCCCCGAUAUCGCAUUCGACCGUUCUAUUUCCCGACUCCGCAGACUCUCUUCAACCGUUCCUGCAGGCCCUCGGCAAACUGGACUCAUCCCGGAACUCACUGCAGACGCACCGGGCCGUGGAGAUCCGCAUCCUCGACGUAGCCCCCUUGCAUCUCGAUACAAUCUUCGUAACGGUCGAGCGCCAUUUACUCCGCAACCACGAUGACGUACAAAACAAAUUUGGUGGUGGCUUUCCCGGCAACGUACAUGGGCCCAAUGGGGUGUGGCCGAAAGGAAAGGUCGCUGAUACGAAGAAGCUCUCCAAGAAGGCCGCUGCUGAUGCGGAGAUGCGCCUGACGGCGGCAGUACGCGAGGCACUGGCGGCGCAGCGCAUUGUUCAUGUCGGCGAUGUACUUCCUCUCCCUCUCCCUCCUCACCCCAUCACCUAUGCUCCUGCCCCGCCAGCGAGGAUCUCAUUCUGUGAGCCGGUAUCACAGGGUCUUUUGAUGCCUACAACCAAAGUCGUUCUUGUGCAAGCUCGCCCUCAAGGUCAUCGGGCACCACAGGCUCUCCCACCGCGGUCUGCUCUUCUCAAGCAAGUGGCCGAAGAUGAGGCCGAUGAUACAUCUAAUGAACAGUUCUAUUCCGCCGCCGAAGAUAAGCCUGGAGAGAGCGGGACCGAAAUGGAGACAACUUCUGCUGCCGAGGAGUCUGAGACAGAGGGAUCAGUGGGCUCUGUCAGCGAUUCAUCCGAUGAUUCUCUCGAAGACAUGAUUUCGCUGUCCGCACCCGAGCUUCCCCAACCACCCUCAGGUGUUAUGUCGUCUAUGACCUCGGCAACUCCCCGAGCGGGUGGACGACGGAUGGAUGGGAUCCAUACUCCUGGCUCGGUCGCGUCCAAUUUCACAUCGGCUACUAUGCGGCCUGGUCGUGGUGGCGGCAAAGUGUUCAAGGUUGAAGGGCUUCUACAGCAAGUACCAAAUGAAGUGCUGCACCCCCGUCCUCGUGACGAUGAAGAUGUUGACUCCUUCAUCUUUGUGGAUAUUAGCACUCUAGCUAAGAUUGGAUGCUUCUCCGGAGACUGGGUGCGAAUUGAAGCAGCCGAAGAACCGCAGGUGAACAUGUUCGCUUCACUCAAAUUCGGCAGCUUCAACGACUCCCCAGAGGACUCGGGCGAAUGGCGUCCUGUCAAGGUGUUUGGUCUACCGGGUCUUCCUUCACCGAAGCCUCGAUAUGCGAUUAAUCCCUCUGGUGAUCGUCGUUCCAGUUUCUCCCAGCGUGCUCCCACGCGUCUCACACCAUCCGUCAUCUCAGAAUCUCCCCCUAUGUUAUUUACGGCUGCCAAUGGUUCCUCGAAGCCAGGUCUCCUCCAUCAAAUGAAGAACAGUGCGGCGAAGAACCCGCCAUUGGCCAAGGAAGUCACACUCCUGAAGGUCUCGACUCCCCUUUCCUUGGACAGAGUGCUUCAACCGGCCCUCUUUGCAGGACUCAAACAAUAUUUCGAGUCGCGGCGACGGAUCUUGAAAAGCGGCGAUCUUGUCGGUAUCAGUGUGGAUGAAGGACUCGGCAGGGCGGUCUUCUCUGGAACCUCUGGUGGCGAUAGUGCCCAAGAGGAUGAUAUUACUUCCAGACUAGGCCAGGGAUCUAACUCCAAUGGCUCGGAAGCCCGCAAGGUUGGUGUUGCCUGGUUCCGUGUGGGCCAGGUAGCUCCAACUGCCGUUGAAGAGCUCGAAGAGACCGAGGAGGAUCAAUGGGGCGGAGUGGCUGUCAUUGACCCAACAAGCACUCGCAUGGUCCAAGCCGGCAGCGAUGUCAGCCGAGUACCCGGAAACCUGGGCAAUGGAUGGGAGUAUUGGCUUGGAGUCAAGACGAUUCCCAAGGCUGUCGGCGAGACUCCAGCACCCCAUGGAAUUGUUGCAGAACCACCUCAGGCCUUCAUCCCACCUCUACAGCAGCGAAUCCGAGAGUUGAUGGCUGCGGCGACAAGUCCCCGAGCAAUUCAACUAGGAAUGAAGCCCGUCGUCAUUCUGCUGAAGUCCCAGCAAAGACACAAUGGCAAAGCGACCGUCGCAACGCGUGCUUGUGCAGACAUUGGCCUACAUACCUUUCCUCUUGAUGCAUACGACAUUCUGACUGAAGGUGGUGCUAAUGGCGGUGACGUGAAGACAGAAGCGUACCUCAAGGCACGAGCGGAGCGAGCUUUCCACUGUGGUGCAAAUUGUACUGCAUUAUUGAUCAAGCAUAUCGAAGUGUUGACUGCCGAUCGUAUGGUGACGGCGAUGGCCGAUGUUGUGAGUGAUGCUCGAGUCAUAAUUGCCACUACCAGUGAUGUGGAACAAAUCCCAGAAGGCAUCCGCAGCAUGUUCACCCACGAGUUUGAGAUGGGCGCCCCCGAGGAGAAAGAGCGUGAGGGUAUUCUCCGCAACUGCGUCGCUGAACGAGGAAUCAAGCUGUCUGCCGACGUGGAUCUGGGUACUGUUGCAUUGAAGACCGCCGCGCUGGUGGCUGGUGAUCUGGUCGACGUUGUGGAACGUGCUUCUGGAGCUCGGACAGCCCGUCUUGAGAACCUGGUCGAGACUGCCAGCAAGCAAAGCCCAGAAUCACAGGUCUGUGUUCGAGACGUUCUUCUUGCCGGCGGAGAUGGUGCGCGCGCUGUCACGAAAGCGGACUUCGAUUUCGCUGUCGAAGCCGCGCGAAAGAACUUUGCUGACUCGAUCGGUGCACCCAAGAUUCCUAACGUCGGUUGGAACGAUGUUGGUGGUUUGACAAAUGUCAAGGAUGCCCUGAUCGAAACUAUUCAGCUGCCGCUUGAGCGUCCUGAGCUGUUUGCCAAGGGUAUGAAGAAGCGCAGUGGUAUCCUGUUCUAUGGUCCUCCUGGUACCGGAAAGACUCUGCUUGCCAAAGCCAUCGCCACCGAGUUCUCUCUUAACUUCUUCUCCGUCAAGGGUCCAGAGUUGCUUAACAUGUAUAUUGGUGAAUCCGAAGCCAACGUGAGACGUGUCUUCCAACGUGCCCGCGAUGCCCGUCCCUGCGUCGUCUUCUUCGAUGAACUGGACUCUGUUGCACCGAAGCGUGGUAACCAGGGAGAUAGCGGCGGUGUGAUGGAUCGUAUUGUCAGUCAGUUGCUCGCCGAGCUGGAUGGAAUGAAUGGUGGCGAGGAGAACAGCGGCGGCGUCUUUGUCAUCGGCGCGACUAAUCGUCCUGAUCUAUUGGAUACCGCCCUUCUUCGACCUGGUCGAUUCGAUAAGAUGCUCUACCUGGGCGUGUCGGAUACCCACCGCAAACAAGCUACGAUCAUGGAGGCACUUACGAGGAAGUUCGCUCUGCACCCGGAAUUGUCCCUAGAUCGAGUUUCCGAGCACCUGCCUCUGACAUAUACUGGUGCUGAUUUGUACGCUUUGUGCUCGGAUGCGAUGCUCAAGGCUAUUACGCGAAAAUCUACAGCUGUUGACGAUAAGAUCAAGCAACUGCCCGGCGGGCCGGUCAGUACGGCCUACUUCUUCGAUUACCUCGCGACUCCGGAUGACGUGGCGGUGAUGGUGACCGAGGAGGACUUCUUGUCGGCUCAGAGUGAAAUGGUUCCUAGUGUUAGUGCCAAGGAAUUAGAACAUUUCGAACGAAUCCGCCAAACCUUUGAAUCCGUCGAUAAGUCCAAGCAGGACUCUUCCGGCACCGGUGGCCAGACAAUCGCCGAGGCUAUGGAGGCUUUUAGUAUGGGAGAAUCGACAGAAAUCCCUAUUGUUAAUGGGGACGCCUCGUUUCCAGGAGGCCCCGGAGGCAUACAUGGCCGCAUUAAGGGUCUAAAGCAGUGGCCUGGAGGCAUUGUUCGGAGCCCAAGUGGUAGCUCAAUCAGCAGUAGUAAGGGCAAAGGCAAGGCUACUGCUAGCAAGAAGGGCAAGGGUGCCCGAACUGGAGGGAAUUCCGAUACCUCUCUAGACGGUGAUGAUGAGACUAUGGCUGAUGGGGUAGUUGAGGAUGAUGAGGAUGACUAUAUUGUUCGCACGGAUCAUCUUGCGAAUCCCAUGGAGGAAGUGGAGUAA